GCAAUCCGUACUAUGUGGCCACGUGCCUACCAGGGUCAGCUGGAUGGUACUUGUCUGCUAGAAGUGAGUCGAGACAGAAGAAUCAACACGAGCUGGAAGGGCCUCUGGAAAUCAGCUGGGGACUAGAGACAGGUGUGCAGCCCUCGGUUUACAAAGGCUAUGAGACCAAGAGUUCCAAGACCUCCAGGAAAACAUCUCCCUGCUAAAAGGCUUUCCCAACCUUUAGAAAUCUAUUCCUUUCCCUCCCUUUCCAUCCUCUUUCUCUUGCUAUCUCUUUAUCGCUCCUCCUGCCUUCUUCCUUUCUUUCCUUCAGUAAACUUUUUUUGAAACGAUGAUGAGCAAAGGCCUGAUCCAGUCUAUGGCGCGUUUCGGUGGGAAGAUGAAUACGCCUUCCCAGCAGAGUAAAAUGUGAUUACACCAAGGACUGGUUCCCUCUCCCUUUCCCUGGCCAGGUCAGCGUCCCCCGGCGUCGGAGAAGGGGUUGGACCGCUCAGCGGGGCGUCAGAGUUGCCAGGCGCCCGGGGCAAAUACUGGCAGCCGGUGGCUGUGAGGUGUCCUAGCGACGGGGCGGCGGCAGGACACACACACCGCCCAAGCCCGGACGGUGGCCGGAGCUAAAGCCACCAUGGGGGACCGCAGGCGGCUGCUCCAGCCGGGGACGUUGGCCCGGGUGCGCGAGGACGUGAACUGCAGGUUCGGAUGUUUCACAAAGCACAAGAAUGCGCUGAAGUUCCCCACUUCCCUGAACAGCCGGCAGCUGGUAUUUCUAAGAAAGAGGCUGGAUGACUUCAGGAAGGGCAGCCCGUCUUGCACUGGUCUGGUGACUCAGGUCCCUGUGGAGGGCUUUCUGCCCCAGAUUUAUCACAGAGCUCCCCAACUGGCCCCAAAGAAGAGACAGAUCAAACUGCCCAAGGAAGCAGACCUGCUUUCCAAGCUCUCGCCAGUCCAGCAGGCUCAGAAGGCAUUCCUGGAGGACCUGGAGGCCCACCUGACCCCACAUCCCUUGGCGCUCUACCCGAAUCUGGAAGAAGCUAUGCCUGUCGAGCUCUUAUUAAAGGUGCUGGAAGUGCUCGAUCCUGACCAGAAGCUGGAGGACACAUGGGCUUAUUGUCAGGACACCAGGAAAGGAAUGAAAGAACCCACAAAGCUUUUUAAAAAAGGUUCUACCCAAGUCUACCUGGGACCUUCCAAGAAGACUUCUGUGUCAAAUGCAAGCCAAUGGCUUUAUGAAGAAAAGCCACAUAAAAUGGAUUUGCUCCAUGAAAACGGUCCUCGUCCUGGUCUUCACGAAAAUGUUCACAGAGCAGUUAAUGACUUCUGCAACUGGGUUACUACUUUUGGAAUUUCAGACAUUGAUGAAGAGUUCAUCUUGAAACAGUUUGACAUUGACUAUGAGACCAAACCAAGCCAUGAUGCGCUCCACACGAUGAAGCCAAAUCAGGUUGCUCUGGAGCUAAAGCGUAGUGUGGGGCUCAGUAAACUGCAGGAGCCAAAGUUCUUCCAGAAACCAGGCUAUGAGAGGAAACUCCAGAAACCACAGAAUCCUUGUAAGCCAAAGUGGGUGAAGAUGAGGUAUGGAGCGUGGUAUUUGAACCCCAAGUUGUGGAAAAAGCAAAGAGCAGACGAGCCUCUGGUUGACCCUGAGGUCUCACAUAAAGCUCAAGAGGAGAAUUUUAAAAAGGAGCUGCAGGAACAGGAGGAGUUACUUGCAGACCUUCACGGAACAGUUGCCUUUAAGGAUUUCAUUCUAAGCAGGGGCUACAGGAUGCCACGUUUCCUUGAGAAUAUGUAUAUUGGGAAGGAAUGUAAACGUGCAUGUAAUAAGACUCCUAUAAAAUGAACUCAAGCAUAG